GUCCGCGACAGGUGGGCUGGGCGGGGGCGGCCGCCGAGGCCCGGGUUCCGCUCCGCCCUGGGCCGGGGGCCCGGCGCGGAGCCGGCCGAAAAGCGGCAGCGACCCCGGGCCGUGGGCCCGUCCGCCCCGGUGCUCCAGGCUGCUCUUGGAGCUGGGCCACCCCCGGGGCCGCAGCAGCCUCCGUUGGGCGCUGAGGGCCCUGGGCGGCCGGCGUGGAGUCCCCGUCGAAUCCUGCCCUCUCGGGCUGCGAGACCUUGGGCCAGUCAGCCCUCGCCCGUGGCCUGAGUUUCCGCUUCUGUAAAAUGACAGUCGGGACUGGGUGACCUGCGAGGACCUUCCACUUCUGACGUGGCUGAUCUCGAGAGAGAUCUGCAGACACUGGAGCUGCAGCAGGGAAAGCAUAGAUUUAGUCUGGGAAAGUCCAAAGGAUGUCAAUUGGAGAUAUUUUCCUCAAGCGACCAUUUGAAUGUGAAUUCUGCUAGGAAGUAGGGAGCACUUUUGUCCUGGAUGACGUCAUCUACUUUUCAGAGUACCAGUACUUAGUACUCAUUACAGCUUCAAGUCCAUGGCCCAAAAUGACUCUACCACUGGAGACUCUCUUCCGUAAAGAAGAAGACCAGACAGGAGGCUGGGAUGAGCAUGCCACUGCAUCAGAUCUCUGCCAUUCCAUCCCAGGAUGCCACCUCUGCUAGAGUCUACAGAAAUAAGACCAAAGAAAAGGAGAGGGAAGAGCAGAAUGAGAAGACUUUGGGACGUUCCAUGAGUCAUUCAAGUAACGUUUCUAAGGCUGGGGGUCCUCCGCUGGCGUCAGCUCCAGGGUCCAUCUUCCCUCGCACUUCUGUCACGCCAUCCCAUCAGGACAUCUGCAGUUCCAGUGCAGUGUUUUCUGAGUGUUGUCACCACAGUCCUAUGCAGUCUGCUGUUGUCUUGAAAACUCCUCAAUGCCAGAAUUCUCUGACACAAGGGCUCACUGUGACAGUUAUCUGUAAAGACACGUUACAGGCAUCAAAGAGAAAUUCCUGUGGUUCAGAAUGGGUCCAGGCCUUGAAGCCUGCUAAGAAUACCAAAGCCAGAAGAACACUGAAGUUCUCAAAAUCUCUAAAUGAUGUGGGUGAAAAGGCCCAGGAUACUUUGAAAAGUUUUGACUAUGUGGGAAGAACUUGCUCUGAAGGGAAACUGAUACUCCCCCAGGAUCUGUGUCUCAAAAUUAACAGGUUCCAUCAUAAAGAAAAAAGAACACUGAAUUGCAAACCUCUUGGCAAUUCCAAACAUUCUUGUGUUUCAUCCCUUUCUGCCAUUCAUUCAACUGCCUCAGAGGUGGAAGCUGGCAAGAGGGGUAUGCACGUCCCGCUUUUGGAAGAGAAAGCAGAUGGCGAGGCUGUGUCCAGAGGCCGACGACUGCUCCGGUACUUGUUCUCACUCUCGCACGGCUCAAGUGCCAGCAGCCUGCACAGGUUCCACGAGUUGGAGGGUUGUGCCGCUCACCUGCACACUGCCAAGUCCUCCAGCGGGCUGGCAGGGAGCGUGGGCUUCUGCUCCGACGAAAUGGGAGAUGACGAUGUCUUUGAGGACAGCACUUCUGCAAAAUUGAAGAGCAGGGUCCUGCGGGCGCCCCUCUGCUCAGUGGAGAAGGACAGUGACCUGGAUUGUCCUUCUCCCCUCUCUGAAAAAUGCCCUCCCAUUUCUCCUGUGUCCACGUCAGGGGAUGCCUGCAGGAUCUGUCACUGUGAAGGGGAUGAUGAGAGCCCUUUGAUCACCCCCUGCCACUGCACGGGGAGCCUCCACUUCGUGCACCAGGCCUGCCUACAGCAGUGGAUCAAGAGCUCUGACACGCGCUGCUGCGAGCUGUGCAAGUACGAGUUCAUCAUGGAGACCAAGCUGAAGCCCCUGAGGAAAUGGGAGAACUUGCAGAUGACGGGCAGUGAGCGUAGGAAGAUCAUGUGCUCAGUGAUAUUUCAUGUCAUCGCCAUCAUCUGUGUGGUCUGGUCUUUGUACGUGCUCAUCGACCGCACCGUUGAGGAGAUCAAGCAGGGGCAUGCAACAGGAAUCCUAGAGUGGCCCUUUUGGACUAAAUUGGUGGUCGUGGCCAUCGGCUUUACCGGCGGACUUCUUUUUAUGUAUGUUCAGUGCAAAGUGUAUGUACAAUUAUGGAAGAGACUCAAGGCUUAUAACAGAGUAAUCUAUGUUCAAAACUGUCCAGACACAAGCAAAAGGAGUACUUUUGAAAAAUCUGCACUAACAGAGCCCAACUUUGAAAAUAAAGAUGGACGUGGAGUCUGUCAUUCCGACACAAGCUCUUCUUGCACAGACCCUGAAGACACUGGAGCAGAAAUCAUUCACAUCUGAUUGUGUGAAGGGUGUAGUUUUCCUGGACAUCCAUGAAUAGCUGAAGGAAAUUGUUUACUGCCAACUGUGUACCUUUUCUUAUGUCCUUUAAUAGCAUAGACUGCGCAGGUGACUAUUUUUAAUGUCUUCUCUUUUUCUAAACCCUCCUUAGUGAAUCUCCUGGCAAGCCCUCACAUCAGCUGUGCACAGCUAGCUUCCACUUCUGCCAGCAUGUCUGUGGGAAGGGAAGGUGGAAGACCCCAUGACACCAUGAUGGGGAGCUGGCUGGGUUCUGGCCUGUGGUCUUGAGCAGAAUGAGAGAAUAAAAUGCCAAACCUGAGGGAAGAACAGGAGCAAGGUGGCACCCAGGCCCUGACGCACAGCCUCUUCCACUUGGCAGCAGUCCCCACCCUGGAGCGGAGUGUUCGGGAGUGUCUGGUCAUGAUGAGACGAUUUACCUCCUCCCUGAGGAGAGCCCAGGGAGAUGAGCUUCCUCUGCUGAUGUUGCCGCCGACAGUUCUCCCGAGCAGACGGGCCGUGGUGCUCUGUGCAUGGUGGCAAGUGAUUCACUAAGCAAACAGCACUUUACGAAAAGAGAAUCUUUAUUUUGUAAUAUGUGUGUCCAGUGGGAUUGACACUUAAAAGAACGUCUCGUUUAGAAACCUUCCCUUCAUGACCCUGAUUAUCUCUUUUACAUUAUAAUAGAUCUAAAACCUUUUUGCCUUAUAUAGUCUAUAUCCACUCUGUGGCCAUAAAAGGGACUUGUGAGUAUAGAGCAGGACAAACAGAUGUGAGGCUUUUUCAUAACAUUUCAUGGGAAUUAAUGGAUGCUAAGUGGCAAUUUAAGCAUAAUUCCAGUGGUUUCCAGCCUGUGUUAUAAGUUUUUAUGUCAUAGGCUUGCCCUCAAAGUUUCUUUUUUGUCGCCACUGAAAAAGAUGGGUUUAUGAGAACUAAACAAAAGGAAAAGAGUAAUUAGAACAAAAUUGAAUAUUUAAAACCUACUCCUUUACAGACAAACCUCUCCAGGGUGUGCUGGCUUCAUGCUGAGAGUGAGUGUGCACUGCCCUGCUCUGGGGUGUGCACACUGUGGUGCUCCAGGGUGCCCACCACCUUGGCCAGCUUCUGCUCCUGGGAGAGUCUGUGGAUCAUUACCCAGGGCAGAGAGGCAGACAGUCCGGCUCUGAGACAAGGGCCAGGAGUGAGCAGCAAACUGCUGUGGUCCCCUGUGUCACUGCCCCCAGCCACACCCCCACCCAUUUGUCGCCUUAACUGGACUGAACAGAGAGGAUCCUUUAGGGGGCCCUUGGCCCUGCUAUUAGUCUGUUCUGUCAUCAGGGAUUAUCUCCUGUACUAUUUUUCAUAAAACAAACAAAACCAAAAUCACCACCAUCAAAUGGCCUUUGUCCCUUUAAAAAGUCUGCUCAAAAAUUCUGUUUUAAAAACCAGUUUCAUUGCACUAGGCACGUAAGAGUCUAUUCCAGGAAAAUAGGCCAGGAGGGUCUGCAGUGUAACAUGAGUAUGCCCAGAUCCUUACUUUCGGGCAACUCUACACCUGCAGAGCCUCCUCUAGGGAGCGAGAUUCCUGAGGGUCCUGUCCUCUGUCCCCUGAGCCUUAGGUGCUUCAUCCACCCCCUGUGAAGAGGAGGAAGCAAACACAAGAUAGUUCCUUUGCCUUUCACAGUGGAAACCCUGUGGUUUGUUUUGAAAACCAGGACGAGGCUGCAGGGUCUCUAAGCUGUGGGGGCAGGGCAUGUGGUAGCGGGCUCCUCUACCAUCUCCUCCCACCCCGAGUCUGACUCAUCAGGAUCACUGUCUAGUGUAAGGAACUGCUCUGCCGUGGCCUUCCUCUGGCCAGGCAGGCACUGUCCAGCCACAGCCAACCCCUGAAAAUAGGUCAGCCUGCCUUCGCUCUGUCUUUCAGGCCACAUCCAGCCCCGUGCCUGUGUCCACUGUGCCCCAAAGUGCAAUUACCCACACCCCUUCUCAGCCUGACGACACCUGGCAGCUACAGACUGUCCACUUAGGGGAGCUGAAUCAGACAAGGCCCCCUUGUCCCUGCCACCCUCUAACAGCAGGUGAGUGGUCAAGUGAAGACUGGGAUCAAGUUUUAAAUGGGAAUCCUUCCCCUUCCCCCAAUGGAAUCCGUUAUGCUGAACUUGAAAAGCUCUGAGACCUUCUCUGGAGAGGAAAGCGUGCUUAGGGAGGGGUAGCACCUGGGCAGCCCACCCUUGAUGGCAAAGGUGCCUUUACAACCACGACUAUUCUGUUGCCCCCACACCCAAUGAGAUGCUCCUGUGAAGCCCUCUCACGGCUUUCCAUGAAGGCCUAACACCAUCUUAUCACCUCCAGCUGAGCUCCUAAAAGCCCUCUGCCUGUGGACAGUCUGUCUCAUGGCCUUCUUUCCUCUCCUGGAACGGCAUACAGCUGUCCCCCUGCCUUUCUCUUUUCUUGCAGUUUCUAGUUGAGCACCUCUGACCGCAUUCUCAGCCCCAGCUCUAACCUCUACCCUCCAGGGACUGACUGGAGCAUGAAGCCCUGGCAAGGUAGUGCUGUCCUGCCACCUAGUGGGAGCAGCGGAUGUGCCAGAUGUUCCUUUAGUCUGUGUCACCUUGCCCUCUAGGUUCUUUUGGGGGUUAAUUAUUCCCCAGUUUCUCUUCAUUUUUCACCUGGCUUUAGUGGGAGGAUGGCACUUGGCUGAACCACAUAGGAACGUGAGAUGAGCUUGCCCGUCUCAGGGCCAGGAGGGCUGGUACUUGUGGGCCAGGCAAGGGGGAGAGGGAGGCAGGCAGCCUUGGAGUGUCACCAGCCAGCCCUCUCUGAUUUGGCCUUUACUCCCCCAAAAGUUACAGUACAACUCAAGGGCUUCUGACUUUGGCUGCCAGCAGUAAUUUGGUUUUUGUGCCCUUGUUUAAGAUUUUCUUGGAAACUGUAAAAGGUCUCUUCCUACUCCAGGCUUCUAGUGUCUCUUCCUUUUUUGCUUCAGUCUACUCUUUUCAAUCUUAUGGGUUUAGUUUCCCCACUUGUGGGUGUGCCCUACCUGGCUACAGACAUGCAGGCCCCAGGCAGUUGGGCUGGUUCCAGGACCUCAGGUAACGCCACAGGGUUGGAGCUGUGUCCGCUGCCCAGUGGGAGACUGCAGGGUGGAGGAGGCCAGGAACAGCAGGGUGAGGGUCCACAAUGCAGUGGAUUUGGCCUGAUGCAAGUACACUUUUGAAAUAAUUUCCCCUUUGGAUCUGAUUUGAAAUAUGCAGCUUCUAUCUCUAGCUCAAGGAAAGACUGAAACCUAGGGAAGUAAAAGCAUUUAUCCUUGUUGUGGAAGUAAUUAAGUUGUGUGGCUCAUCACCUAUUUAGAUGCAAUGUUUAUAGAAAGUUGAUUGUUAAUAAAAACCAAAUUUACA